AUGGACCCUAUCUCCUUCAUGGAGUCGGAGGUCCAUCAGCUCAUUAACGCUGGGCUCCCUUACCUGGAGCGCGUCCGGGUGGGAAACGUCUACAUCGUCACACCGUACCAUAAGUUGCUCGACUUGGUGCUUUCGGAGGCGAAUUCAUCGACGCUGAAGGGGAUGUCGCCGGCACACGCGGGGAAGGUCUCGAAGAACGGGAUUCGUUUGAAUCACAUCUUCAACGACGAGGCCACCCUGCGGAGUCAAUUGAAAAGAGGCUUGGAAGUGUACUUUGGGAUGCUCAAGCAGAAGAAUAUGACGGAAGAGGAUGUGGCACAACGCUGCGCAGAGGCCAAUAGCGGCGCCUUGAAGCGAGUGCCUUCUCACGUCAUCAACUUCGUCACGGCAAAGGAUAAAUUGGAGUACCUCGUUGACCUUUACCGGACGAGGGUUCGCGAAAACACGGCCUUUCCGGCGCGCUGCGACGUCGUUCAGGAGAUGGCGGCCGCGGUCCGGCGCGGAGAGAAGGUGCUCUUGGAGGGACCUCAGUCCUACUGGUUGAGCAAUGGCUGCGACAAGUUCUGGGUUAGCUCGACGUCCUCCAACACCUCGGCGAUCGGCCUCCUAGCGGCCUCACAGUUGAACUUUCAGAGCGUGAAGGCGGUGGUGAUUAAUGUGCACAAAGCCCCUGCCUCCAGUCGAGUGGGCAUUGGCGCCUGCCCGAGCGGCUUCGUCGCGCAGGAUUUCUUCUCCUCUCGAAAUAUUCGAACGCUUGAUGAGUUACCGAAGGGCAUCUGUGCGGAUUUUGACGCCAUCCAGACCUUAUUCUUUAAUUACGCCUUCCCCCAUGCAAAUGAUCCGGAUCGAUUUAAUGGCAUCAGCGAACCCAUCGAGUAUUCUGACGGGACGGGCACCUACAACAUCGGGGCGGCCAUGGCGAUCGCCUCGUCUGUUUACCAUGGCGAGCUCGGCGCCGUGACGCGGAAACCGCGGAUCUGCGGCUUUUUCGACUGCGUUUUGCAUCACGAGGUGAACACGACUCAGGGGCCGUAUCUUACCAUUUCCGCCCUCGACCGCGGGGACGCGUACGACCGUCUCGGCAUCACCAUCGCGUACGUCUAUUACAGUCCCGAAGGCGUCAUCUGUGAUUCGAACGGGCGACAGUACAGAAAUGGCGAUAUCAUCCGCGCUGGCGAUUCGGUGCCGAGUGAAAACGUCCUCUACUACUGUCAUCCAAUCGUGAAGCUUGUGAAUGGGUGGAAGGACGCGCCCAUCGCGUCGACCAAGCGUGAAAAGGGAGCCCCAUUCCCACCAGCUUUGUGCGAAUUUUUAUCCACCAUAGAGCACUUCACGGGCUGCAAGGUGCUCUCCAUAGGCAAUGGUCCGGGUGGAGAUGAUAUUAUUUACAUUAAUCAAUCGUAA